UUCAAUAAAGAAACUGCUGUUCCAAUUGUGUCCAUUGGAUGGCGCAAUAGCAAUUGUGAGCUACUUUGUUUUGCCCGCGAAAUUUAAACCUGAUGUGCUUUGGCACCCUCAUUGCCCCAAUAUGUCUCUGUCAAAAAAGAGAAAAGUGGAUGCAGAGUGCAGAGUGUUCCAAGAAAAAUGGUCAUCCUCCUAUUUAUUCACGGAAGUGAAUGGGAAAGCUCUAUGUUUGGUGUGUUCCCAGCAUGUUGCAGUGCUGAAAGAAUAUAACCUCCGUCGCCACUAUGUGAGUCUUCAUGCCGACAAAUAUGACAACUUUCAAGGACAGCGGAGAAGAGAGAAGGAGAAUGAACUGUUGGCGGGUCUGAAGAAACAGCAGUCUGUGUUUACUCACAGCCGAGACAUCAGUGACGCUGCAGUGAAAGCUAGCUACCUCAUUGCUAACGAAAUUGCACUAGCUUCAAAACCAUUUAGUGAGGGUGAAUUUGUAAAAACAUGUAUGAUGAAGGCAUCGGAGAUUGUGUGCCCUGAAAAGCGCCAGGCCUUUGCAAAUAUCAGCCUGACAAGAAACACAGUUGCCGACAGGAUUUCUGAUCUUUCAGCGGAUUUGGACAGCCAGUUGAAGCAAAAAGUAAAGUCAUUUAUUGCGUUUUCAGUUGCAAUUGAUGAAGGCACGGACAUUACAGAUGUUGCACAACUGGCAAUUUUCAUCCGCGGAGUUGAUGACACAUUGACCGUCACCGAGGAGUUCGUGGAGUUGGUACCGAUGACAGAUACAACGACCGCAGCUGAUAUUUUCACCGCACUUUCGUCGGCGCGCGCUGGACAGGGUCGGAGUGGACCGGUCGCCGCUGUCAGCCUGGCUACAGAUGGUGCGCCCUCAAUGAUCGGGAAGAAAGCAGGCGUUGUAAAAAAGUUCAGAGAUAAAGUGCAAUCUGCAAAUGGAGGACGUGAUUUUUGGACUUUUCACUGUAUUUUGCACCAGGAGGCUUUGUGUUGCAAGUCACUGAAAAUGGAUAACGUCAUGAAGGUGGUCAUCCAAACUGUUAAUUUCAUCCGAUCCAGAAGCCUCAAUCACCGUCAGUUUGACAGUCUCCUCAGAGAGAAAGACCACAUCUAUGGCCUGCCAUACCACACUGAGGUAAGAUGGUUGAGCCGAGGUGCUGUGCUGAGGCGUUUCUUUGAUUUACGAGAAGAAAUUGAACAGUUUAUGGAAGAAAAGGGCAAACCAGUGUUAGAAUUUCAUUCUGAAGAAUGGGUGCAGGACCUUGCAUUUAUGGUGGAUGUUACAGAGCACCUGAAUAACUUGAACAAACAGCUGCAAGGACGCAACAAAGUUGUCACGCAGUAUUAUGACAGCAUACGUUCUUUCAAGUUGAAGCUGUUAUUGUGGGAGACGCAGCUCGCUGGUGGUGAUGCAGCUCACUUCCCCUGUCUGAAAAAUGUGUGCACGAUCCAAAGUGUGGCAGAUAUGAAGCGGUUCAAAGAUAAAAUAACGGGACUGUUACUAGAGUUUGAGCAACGAUUUCAGAUUUUUGGUGAACUGGAGAAAGACUUCAAAGUUUUUUUGCUCGCCGUUCACCGUGAACCCCUUUGAUCUGCCCGUCAGGAUCCAACUUGAAAUAAUAGACUUGCA